AGAUAAACCAAGGGCCAAAACUCACAACUCAUUCACAAAAAUAAACUGUCGGUGCAUAACCUCUCCAUCAAUCCAUUUAUUCCCUGUCUGUCACCGCGUUUUUCGCUAUCCCUCAACACCCACAAUUCACCACCACCGGAAAACAUCUCCGGCAACCCAAUCACCACCAAUCACCACUCACCAAACCCCAAAACCAUGGGAUCUCUCCCACAUUUCCUAUCAGACCCACCGUCACAAAAACAACAACAACCCAAUCUCGUCGACCCAAUCAAACUCAAAACCCUCUUCAAAUCCCAACAAAAAUACCUCAACAACUUCUUCGACAAACUCGACCAUUCUCAAGCCCACUUAUUCACCCAAACCCUCUUAAACUCCACCGGCACCAUCUUCAUCACCGGCGUCGGCAAAUCCGGUUUCGUUUCCAAAAACAUUUCACAAACCCUCGUCUCUUUAGGCAUCAAAUCCCAAUUCUUAUCCCCAACAGACGCUCUUCACGGCGACAUUGGGAUAUUAACCGAACAGGAUGUGUUAGUUAUGUUCAGCAAGAGUGGGAACACGGAAGAAUUGUUAAGGUUGGUGCCGUGUGCGAGAGCGAAAGGGGCGUUUUUGAUAUCGGUUACGUCGGUUGAAGGGAAUUCGUUGAUGGGGUUGUGUGAUUUGAAUGUGCAUUUGCCGUUGGAACGGGAAUUGUGUCCGUUUGAUUUGGCGCCGACGACUUCUACGGCGAUUCAGAUGGUGUUUGGGUGUACGGUGGCGAUUGCGAUGAUGGAUGCAAAGUGUUUGACGAAAGAAGGGUAUGCUGCGAAUCAUCCUGCUGGACGGAUUGGCAAGAGUUUGAUCUUUAAGGUGAAGGAUGUAAUGAAGAAGCAAGAAGAACUUCCAGUUUGUAAAGAAGGGGAUCUAAUAAUGGAUCAAUUAGUCGAGCUUACAAGUAAAGGAUGCGGGUGCCUUCUGGUGAUUGAUGAUGAUUACCACCUCAUUGGCACAUUCACCGAUGGCGAUCUCAGGCGAACACUCAAAGCCAGCAAAGAGGGCAUCUUCAAACUCACCGUCGGUGAAAUGUGCAACAGGAACCCGAGAACUAUAACUGCAGAAAGAAUGGCGGUUGAAGCAAUGCAGAAGAUGGAGGCUCCUCCAUCCCCUGUUCAAUUCUUGCCUGUGAUUAAUGAAGAUAACACAUUGAUAGGUAUUGUGACGCUGCAUGGACUGGUGUCUGCCGGUCUUUGAAGCUGCUAUCGGUUCAUUUCUGUUACGGUUUUACUGUGUAGCCUAUAAGAAAGAUUAUUCAUGUUCAUCAUAUACAUCAUAACGGUUGUAUUACUAUUCGCUUCAUUUUUUCAUUGUUCCCCUAGGAUUGUAUGUUAUCCCAUGUAGAUCAAUAUUGUUUAUGUAUAAGGCUCGUGUUGCUUUUUGGUGGUUGUACGCUGCUUAUCUUUAUGCUAAAAGAAUUGCGAGAACCAUAUAAAUAUACGUGUGUACUGCUUUAUGUGUUA